AUGUCAUUAAAGCAAAAUUACUUAUUAGUUUGUGUCUUAAAAUCAGUUUUUGACAGAAAAAUGUCCAUCAGUUGGGGCACACAAUAUUCGAAGCUGAAAACCAAUCUUGGUUUAGCUAUGAAUCGUCUGAAGAUGUUGGAGAAGAAGAAAACUGAAUUGGCUUUGAAGUCACGAACUGAAAUUGCUGAUUUCAUCGCGAAUCACAAAGAAGAUCGGGCUCGAAUUAGAGUGGAACAUAUUAUACGAGAAGAUUUUCUUGUCGAAGCAUACGAAUUACUAGAAAUGUAUUGCGAUCUGAUCCUUGCACGAUUUGGUCUUAUACAGCAAAUCAAGCAACUUGACGAUGGAAUUGCUGAAGCAGUUAUAAGUAUUUUAUGGGCUGCACCUCGCGUGGUAACAGAUGUGAGUGAAUUUAAGGUUAUUAGUGAUCAGUUAACUUUAAAAUAUGGUAAGACAUUUGCUGAAGCUGCACGGAGUAAUCAAUUAGAGUAUCCUGCUAAAGUGUCGCCGAAAUUAAUAUCUAAACUGAGUAUACAGGCACCUCCAAAAAUCUUGGUAGAAAGGUACUUGAUCGAAAUCGCCAAGUGCGCUGGGAUACCAUUUACUCCUGACCCAAAUAUUAUGCGUGAAGACGAAGUCGCUGCUGCAGAACAGAUGUUAAUAGAUUUUAGAAAUCAAGGCGGAAAAGGUUACGGUUGGAUGUAUCCCGGUGAUAAAUCAGAUAACAAAGGGUCACCUCCACCACCUUCAAAUGAAGGAUCUGGAUAUUAUCCGGGACCACCACCCCCUCCUCCUGCUGGAUUUAAAAACAAUUUCGGAGGUGCAGAAAAAAGUAUCUCUUCUGCCCUUUCUUCCAAUCGAGAUGUUCAUUGUGCUUUAAAUUAUCCUCGUUUGAGUCAGAUUGAUGGUUCACCCACUGAUGUUAAAAUUGAUCCGAAUCCACUCUCUGGCGUCCCAUCAGCUCCACCCACAGAUACCGCACCAUUCAUUUCAAAAAAUUUUGAAACACCUGAUUUUCCCGAGCCGCCAAGUGAUUUUCCUGGAAUGUUUGACUCAGAAUCACCAUCAAAAAAUGAUGGGCAUCAGUCAGAGGCUGGUGCUGGUAAAGAUGAACUUGAUUUUGAUGAUUUAGCAAAACGUUUUGAUAUGCUGAAGAAAAAAACUAAAAAAUAG